CCAUUCUGUGAUUUUAUGAUCCUAAAUAACUCUGGAUGUUCAGUUGCAGGACCAGCACUGCCUCCAGACUACAAAAGCAGCUGUAGCUCAGAAAAUCCUGACAGUGAUGACGACUCAGAAUCUCUUCCUCUACCCAGAGACACAAACAGAGAUUCUGAAGAGGAGACAGAAGGAGAUCCAGCACCCAAAAAGCCAAAAAGGAUUCAUGAAGACGAUGAUGAUGAUGGGUUUUUUGGGCCAGCUCUUCCUCCUGGAUUUAAAAAACAGGAUGAUUCUCCAGAGAGGCCUAUUAUAGGUCCUGCAUUACCACCUGGCUUUAAGAAACCAGAGGACACCAGGAGUAGCAGAUGUUUCAUAGGACCCUCUGUUUCAUCAGAAUCCCGUCCCCAGCUGACAGAUAGUAGUGAGGACGAAGACAAUUUUAUAGGCCCAAUGCCUGCAAAAGGACCAGUGGAGUCUGAUGUGGCUGAAGAGUUUGAACGCAGAGCUCAGAGAAUGAAAGAAAAGCUUACUUCAGCAGACAGUGAUGAACCCAAACAAGUAACCAGGGAAUCAUGGAUGACAGAGCUUCCACCUGAGUUGAAAAGCUUUGGAUUUGGCCCAAGAACAUUCAAGAGACGAGCUGAUGACAAAUCAGGUGAUAGAUCUAUUUGGACAGAUACUCCAGCUGACAGAGAGAGAAAAGCCAAGGAAAGAGAAGAGGCAAAAAAGUCAAGCAGUAAGGAUAAUGAAGAAAUGGUAUUAUCUGGGAGGGACAAGAGGCUUAUUGAGCAGGUGACUUCAUACAACGAGUCAAAGAGGUCAGAGUCUCUCAUGGACAUCCACCAGAAAAAGCUGAAGAGCAAAGCAUCUGAAGAGAAGAGUAAACCUCAGGAAAGAAGGCCGUUUGACCGAGAGCAGGAUCUCAAAGUCAAUCGCUUUGAUGAAGCACAAAAGAAAGCUCUCUUAAGAAAAUCCAGAGAUCUGAAUAGCAAAUUUGAGCACAGUAAAGGCAACAUGUUUUUAUAAGAUGAAAGCAUUAAGCUUUUUUGAAGUGGAGUCAAUUAAAAUUUGAAUACUUAAUUUUUGUAAGUAUUUUUCUGUAAAUAUUUGUAUGCAAAAUAAAUAUCCUGAUGUUUAACUAUUUUUCCUUGUCUGUAAAUACUCUCUUAGGGAGGAUCAUCUGUACUAAAACAAAACUAGUAAAAAG